ACUUUCUGCUCCAGCUCCCGCCGCCGCCGCCGCCGCCCAGAUCGCCACCACUACCGCGAGGUCGCCGUCCCCCUUCUCUGCCUGGAAGCGACGUUCUCUGGAGCGGAGGGGAGCAGUGCUAUGCCAGCGAAGUUCCGGGAGCAACUGGAUGGGGCCAUGCUCCCUGGGCUCUGGGACCUGCGCCCACGCGCUGCCCUUUGUAUGAGGCGAAAGGACUCCUGCGGAAGACGGAACUUUUUGUUCAUUUCCCAGAAUGUGUUUCCAAGCUCAUCAAUGGAACCUGACACUGCUGUCCUGUGUUAAUGCUUGAAGAGCACCCACAUCUCUGCCUGCACCUUCCAUCCUCCUGAAACCAUGGUCUUCUCGGCAGUGUUGACGGCGUCCCGUACUGGGGCAUCCAACACAACAUUUGUAGUCUAUGAAAACUCCCACAUGAAUAUUACAGUCCCUCCACUAUUUCAGCAUCCUAGCAUUGGUCCAUUACUUAGAUACAGUUUUGAGACCAUGACUCUCACUGGUUUGAGUUCCUUGACAGUGAAUAGCACAGCUGUGCCCCCAACACCAGCACUUUUUAAGAGCCUAAAUUUGCCUCUCCAGAUCAUUCUUUCCGCUAUCAUGAUAUUUAUUCUGUUUGUGUCUUUUCUUGGGAACUUGGUUGUUUGCCUCAUGGUUUAUCAAAAAGCUGCCAUGAGAUCUGCAAUUAACAUCCUCCUAGCCAGCCUGGCUUGUGCAGACAUGUUACUUGCAGUACUAAACAUGCCCUUUGCUCUGGUAACUAUUCUUACCACCAGAUGGAUUUUUGGGAAAUUCUUCUGUAGGGUAUCUGCUAUGUUUUUCUGGUUGUUUGUGAUAGAAGGAGUCACCAUCCUGCUUAUCAUUAGCAUUGAUAGGUUCCUUAUUAUAGUCCAGAGGCAAGAUAAGCUAAAUCCAUAUAGGGCUAAGGUUUUGAUUGCUGUUUCUUGGGCAACUUCUUUUUGUAUAGCUUUUCCCUUGGCUGUUGGAAACCCUGAGCUGCAGAUACCUUCCCGAGCUCCACAGUGUGUAUUUGGGUACACAGUGAAUCCAGGUUACCAGGCUUAUGUGAUUUUGAUUUCUCUCAUAUCUUUCUUCAUACCUUUCCUGGUGAUACUGUAUUCAUUUAUGGGCAUACUUAAUACCCUUCGGCACAAUGCCUUGAGGAUUCAUAGCUACCCAGAAGGUAUAUGCCUCAGCCAGGCCAGCAAACUGGGUCUCAUGAGUCUACAGAGACCCUUCCAGACAAGCAUUGACAUGGCCUUUAAAACACGUGCCUUCACCACCAUUUUGAUUCUCUUUGCUGUUUUCAUUGUCUGCUGGGCCCCAUUCACCACUUACAGCCUUGUGGCAACAUUCAGUAAGCACUUUUACUAUAAGCACAACUUUUUUGAGAUUAGCACAUGGCUACUGUGGCUCUGCUACCUCAAAUCUGCAUUGAACCCACUGAUUUACUACUGGAGGAUUAAGAAAUUCCAUGACGCCUGCCUGGACAUGAUGCCUAAGUCCUUCAAGUUUUUGCCUCGGCUCCCAGGUCACACAAGACGACGGAUACGUCCCAGUGCUGUCUAUGUGUGUGGGGAACAUCGGACGGUGGUGUGAAUAUUGGAACUCUGACAUUUGGAAUGAUGAUUGUUCCUUAUUAAGUGAAUUUUUUUCAUGUGUUUUCUCCACUUAAACUUUGUUGUUUUUUAUGGUUUUUGCGUGUGUACAUAGUGUAAAGAAAAAAUGGUGAGUAGUUGUAGGUCAGUUACCAAGAACACACAAUAGAAGGUGAUCACAAUUGUUACCUCCAAGGUUCAACAGAAAUCCUCCAUUUAGGGUGAGGAAGUGGUUUCUUGUUUAAACAAAUUGUCUGAUUCUAUUUUCUUGUAGAAGGAAUCAGGUUUGUGCUGUAUUGCACCUGCCGUUACCUUGAAUUGUAGGUGUUUUGUAUGCUGCUGAGGUGUACUUAGUUGAGCUUAUCAAUUUUUUUUCUAGAAUACACUGCUGCUCUUUGUUAUCACAUUGGAGUCAAACCCCCAUAUAUCUCAGUUGAUAAAUAUUUAGUUUUAUUU